AAAGAGGUUCGUUGUCUCAAACUCGAGCUCGGAAAAGUUAUUGCGAAAAACUGGCAAAAUUACCAUCAAUUAAUUCGAAUUUAUCGGCAACCGAGGUCCGGUAAAGUGUUACGCAUCGUUUUACUGGAUAGAUACUUAAAAUCGUAAGACAAAAGAAAGCUAGACAAGAAAAGGUGCAAUCGAGGGAGCGAAAAGAUCACCCUUGCUGAAGAUCGCAGCGCAACGAUCGAACGCUUCAAGCAACAACAACAAUACCGUCAGGCACCAUCCAACAAAAGAGAAGUACAACUCGGACUGGAUACCCGAACCGAAGUAAGAAGAAGCAGAUUGGUUUUUGACAUUUUGAUUUACCUUUUGGCUCGCUCGCAUGUUGUUGACUGGAAAAUAGUCAUUAUUUUCCUUCCGAAAAGCGUAUUUUUACGAUUACCUGCUCAAGGAGGACGAUUCCAAUUGACGUGAUCCUAACACGCAUCGAUUAGGCGCUGUUUUGAAGCUUAGGCCUACUGGUGUUAAACGCUUCAGACGAAAUCCAGAAUAACAAAAACAACUAUCGUGCUAAAGAAUUUUACUCGGAGGAAUAACAGCGAUCAAGUAGAUUUCCGUUGGGUGGAGUAGGAGGAGGAACCUUUUUCUUGGGAAACGGAACCACAAAAGCUGCCAACCUGAAGAAGUUAGUGCAAACCCGUUUGAAUAUGAUCGGAGACCCGGGCUCUGGGGCCAACAGACUUCCAGAACCGGAGGCUCCGGUCAAGGUCGAUCGGAUCCCCUAUGAGGCCCUUGUGGCAUCAUCGGGACCGGCACCUUUGGCCCAGUCAUCGCCUUCGCCAAUGGACAUCGAUCCCGAAACGCCGCUUGAUAUGACAGUUCGUCGAAAGAACUCGUCUUCCUCGGACCGGCAACCACCAUCAAUCGGAGCAGCCCCUUUGGCAGUUGCCGCAAUGCCACCAAACGUAGCAACGAGCACGGUUCCUCUGGCAGCAGGUUCGCCUGAUUCACAGGAUGCUGCAGGAGGUCUCAAUAUGCGACCUAGUGUCAUCACGAAAGCCCCCCCACCGCCUAUCAAAAAACGCAUCAGUAGCAUGCACAGUAACGGUGAAAUAGUAAUAAAAAGUUCUGUGGGCGACAAUCUGUCUCCGGUCAAUUGUGAUGUUUUUAUCGAGGAACACUUCAGAAGGUCUCUAGGAAAUACGUAUGCUUCCAUCUAUGGAACGAACAACAACAAUAAUAACAACCAACAGAAAAGCAGUGGCAGUGAUACCAGAAAUAGUAGUACGAGCAGCAGUAGCAGUAUUAGUAGUAGUUCCAGUAGCAGUAGUACCAACAGCAGUGGAUCUGGACUGAGCUGCGCUGGCAGUUUGAGCAAUACUAGUGGCGUCAGCAGUGCCUCUAGUAGCGCUAGCAAUCUGCUGGGACCUGCGUUAAACUUCAGCUUCAGCGGUCAUCCUAUUGGCGCUCUGAACCCUGUACCUCCUAGGCCAAACCACGCAAUCCCACCGCUAGAAAUUCCACCCCUAAUCAAGGUGAAACUAGAACCCGGAGUACUGGGCCAGCACACUCCGGCUCCUCAACAACCGCCGCUGAUUCCGCAACCGCAACUUAUUCGACCGGAGGUCAAAAUCAAAGUCGAACCGGGAACCGUGCUGCACGUUCGACCCGAUUCGGAGGAAGAAGUCGAUGACCAUUUCGCCAAGGCUCUAGGCAACGAUACUUGGAAAAUGAUCCAAGAGAAAAACAUGAACUUGUGAGAGGAAGCCCGGGAUUAGUCCGGCACGAUCGUCGAAGCUAUGAACAUCAAAAAGGUAUCAGAAAGUACUUUUUUGGGGUGGGAAGUUAUAUAAGCAAACCUAGAUGAAGAGAGAAACUUUGGGGAUGAGGGGGCUUAAGCGUGCAUAGGGCAGCAAAUGUCCAACCACUAAAGCAGCAAUUUGUUAACUGUAAUCAAAACUUAGAAAUACUGGCGGUGCCUCGAAAAAAAAUACAAUUCGCCGCGAUCAGAGAGAAUCCAAGACUAGGAAUCUUGUUUAAAGGCGUGUGCGUUCCGAUUUUCUCGACACGAAACGAGAUCGGACUAUUGUUAACACAUUAAUACCAUAUUAUUUUACAACUCGUACUAUAUUUACUAAUGCUGAUGUCUGUGUUAGGAAUGCUUCUCUUGUUUAGGGAUUAUUACCUUUUUCGAUAUAUAUUGUCACUUGUUUAAAACGAGCGCAUUUACUAAUUCCUUGUUGUUUGUUGUAAAUGAUAUUUUUUGUUUGUUCCUUCUACACCGAUCGGCUGUCGAUGGGCACCCGAAUGCUGUCUCCCGAACUUCUAGGACCAAAUCAACGUUGCAAGAAGAUCAAAUACUUUGAAACCAUACCAGAAUCUUAAAUUUGUUCCCUCCACUUUCAAUUUUUUAUUUUCUUUGCAAUGAUUCACCGUUGAAAACUUGGACUCAUUACCCGAAAGACAGAUCCAAAUUAUACGGAAAGGUUCUUUAAAAACAUUUUCAUAAGAUAAUCCAGUGGAAUGACGUUGAUCUGUUGGAGCUAAAUCACGAAUUUUCUUUGAAUACUCUAGUGUUCCGCAAGGCAGUCAUCUUAGACCAGUGGUGAUUCUGACCAAACCUCAAACCAAAAACAUUGCAAGGCUUUCCAACCGUGUUAUGUCCAAUACUUUAUUUGACAUACCAUUUUUCCCAAAAACCCACAAACAGAUUUUUCGGUUCAACACAGUUUACACUAACACUUACUCCCACUGAUUGCGGUGGUUCAUAACCCGAUGAUCUGUCCAAGUGGUGGCCAUACGAUGAAUUAACCCUUGCACGCAGUACUGAUUUCGAAUGGUGCUAGAAUUUUUUAACCUACAAUCUAACCACCUUUGGAAGCCAGUACUGGACAACGGAUUUGAUUUGUCCGCAAAUGAACGAUUCGAGAGCCUGAUUUUCAAUUCGAACACACACAUUUAUAUACCUGCAUAGAAACAAAAUUACACACACACACACACUUUCUUUGUUCUUCCAAAAACGACAUUCUAGAAAGAGAGAGAGAGAGAAACAAAAACAUGAAGAAACGUAAGCAAUCAAAAUUCUAUGUAAAACGACUAAAUUUCGAACUAUUUUUUUUUUCGAGAGAAGUUACAUUUCAGACUUAAUAAGGAGUUUACUAUUGCCCUUGAUAUUUUAGUUUUUUUUAUAUUAUUAUUACUACCUUUAUCAUCGAAUAAUAAUACCUAGCCGUAAGUUUUAAUAAACACAAAACAAACAACCUAAUAACUCGAAAUUUGAGAGUGAGAAUGUGAGUCGAAAAUGAACUUUUUCACACACAGAAACAAGCGACGCGCGCGAAAGAGGAUGGCGAAGGUACGGUUGGUGUAAUUCUAUGACAAUCAAUCCAAUGGAUAUAGCGACGGUUUUGUACAUUAAAACAAUAAGCUUUUCAUAGAUCGUCCCACGAUAAUAGACUUUAACUAUAUCAAGAAGGAGCGUCCAAAACAUGUUAAAGAUGUUAAGGUAUACUAAAAACGAUAGUUUCAAUAAUAUUGAAUGGUUAAUGCAAGAAAACGGUUGCCCCAAUUCAGUUGAGCCAGGCAGAAGGUGAUGUUCCAGACAAAAAUGAAAUGUAUAGUUGAUUCAGUGUUGCAUUUCAACCUUAUAUCUUUGCAAAACUCAGUUCAAAGAUAGAUGUUUUGCAAUGCACCCCCUUUUUUUGGUACUCAAAAUUAAUUUUUCCCGAUGUUCAGCAGAACAAAGUUCGAUUCUUUAAAUUGGAGUUCGACUGUCGAACUUUUUGAGUAUGCCUAUCAGAACUUAAUUUUUAGAUUUCCCAGUCGAAUUCAAUGUUGCAACUAAAUUGCUGUUUUGAGCCAAAAACAACUUAAUUUUUAGUUUGAAAUCGGAGGCGUGUGAGCAUGACGAAGUCCAUGUCCAGGGCAAUGUGAAGUUCUGGAUUUCGGUUAUUUGAUAGCUCUACCUUUAAAAUCAACCUUGAAUCUAUUUUAUCAAUCAAGAGUGAAGAAAUCUUGUUUUGUUGAAAAUACCAUACAGCGUUGCUGAAUUGUCUUGAUGCUUACUGGAUAAAAGGGAGGUUUAUUUAUCCCAAAUAUAUCAGAGACAUGAAUAAAACAUAAGGUUUUAGUAACCAACUUCAAUUAUACAGCCAAAUCCCAGGCAUCUGUCUUUUUUAGCAAUCGAUAGCUGAAAAAUCCUCACUUGAUGACCACAUUCUGGACAUCGAUGCUGAUUGAUCUUUGAUAUCAUGUUCUUUAACAAUGCGUUAAAAAUGUUAUUUCUAAGCUAGUGCUGCCUCGAUUUUGUUCAUGACUAUUCUAGAUGUUCUGUAACGAGUACAUCAUCAUCUUUAUGAUAUUAGCUACAGGAGCUAUAUUUGGUGAACUGGAGGUCUUAAAUUUUGAUUUAAAUUUAUCCUUUUAAUUUUCUUUCACCAGUAUUUACGGUGCAAAAGGCCGAAAAUGGAUUUUUUAGAGUACAAAUUGAUCAAUACCAAUGAUUAACUUGAACUGUUCACUACGAUGAACUGUCGGUGAAUUUUUAGUUUGAGAGAAAAAUUGGAAAUAUAGCUGGACUUUCAAUUGCGUUUUCUCGUUUGCACGUUUUUUCGUAUGGGACCAUUUUGCUUGGAAGUAUAAUGUAUAGUGUUGCAACUGUUUUUCUUCUUGAUUUUUAUUCUAUAAUGUCUCUGUUUUUGUCCUUGUUUGCCCGUUUUGAGUUGAAAAUGUUGAAAUUUCGAAAUCAACAGCUCAGAUUUAUUCAUGUUUUUAGUUAAAAUAGCUCGGAUUUAACCGGCCUGGAUACGUGCGGAAAAAAUUCUGGCAACCUUAAUUUAAAGGCCUUAAAAUUGAAAAUUUUUGAGGCUAAAAUCAACGUUUUCGGCCUUCCGAUUUGCUGAAAUCAGUUCACUUUAUGUGGGGCUGGGAGUCAUAGUACACUGAAGAAUGCUCGAAAAAGUUGUCACAGCGGGAAAAAGUCGGGAUUCAAAAUCCAUCAGGAAGAAGUCUGGGAUUCUUCCAAGAAAUCGGGAUUUUUUGACUCAGCUGCCCAGUGCUUUUUUUUAAGUGUCGUGCCCCAAUGCUCCAGGAUUACUGAAAAAUUGUUCAGGUUGUAAAGAAUUAAACUCAAAACUUCGCUCAACUUAAAAAUUAUCAAAUUGUACACUUCAGUCCAGUUGCUAACGAGAAAUAGUUGGUAGAAAUAUGAGAUUUGUCCGUUUAAAGUUCUUUGCGAUCUUUAAUAUAUCAACUCCCGUUUAACUAUCAUCUUCUUUUUUAUUCAAUUCAAGCAACGGAAUGUUUUAGCGAGAAUUCCGAACAUCAACUAAUUAAGCACAUAAUUUGAAAUUACGAUUUACACAUGUUUAAUUAAAAUAGCAUUAGAAAUUGAAAUUUCGAUGACGGAUCGACAUCUACUUAUGAGGUGAAGUCAGAGAUUCUUCGUUUACUUUAGAGCAGGGAUGAGCAACCUUUUAAACACCAUCGGGCCACUUCGAGCUUUGAAUAUUUUCGACGGACCGCACUGAAAAUAUAACUUACACGCUUCAUUGAUAAUACUCAUUGGAAUAGAUAAAUGUAGGAACAAAUCGUAAUUUUUGUAUAAAUAGGGCACGCAAACAAAUUUAAAAUCGAAAAACCAAACAAAUUUAUGUGUAAUUUAUUUGAAAUCUUUAAAUUUUAGUGGGCUUGUGAUAUAGCUCAGUUGGCAAGUCUGUUGCCUCCUGAGCCGAUGUCCGCGAGUUCAAGCCCAAGAGUAAACAUCGAACGCAGUUGUACCGGAUAGUUUUUCAAUAACGAUCCGCCAACUGCAACGUUGAUAAAGUCGCGAAUGCCAUAAUGAUGGUAAAACGACUAUAAUCGAAACAAAAAAAAAAAAAAAAAAAAUUUAAAUUUUAGUAUUAUUUUUCAAUGAAAAUUUAACAAUAUCAGCCGAAAAUGAUAAGUCAUUUUAAUCAUAGUCAGUGGUAAUUUUUGAAUAAUUUUAUUUGUGGGAUUUUUAAAGCUUUUUAACGAUUUACAAACCAUAAGAAAAAUCGUAUUUUGUUUAACACUAGAAGGACCGGCAAAUUGAAUAUACCUAUUCGGACCGUGACCAGUCAAAAUGACUGGUAAAGGGGAAAUUCUUUAUAUCACAAUAUUUUUAACUUUUUUCUUUUGACAUUAUUUUGUUAUUUAUUCGAUAUCAUUUUUGUUAUAAAAUGGAAAUAUUUUUUCACCAUGGGUGCACGGAAUCACCUCACUUUGGCAUAGUUGACGAAUGCGGGUAUGUCAUAACAUGAAUAUUUCAAUUAAUUUUCAAAAAAUUAAAACACAUUAUCAGUUUAAUUAUAAAAUCAUGUUAGAUGGCUUUGAAUAUUGACCAUGGGUGCACGGUUUCACUUCAAUUUUGUUUUAGUAGAUAUUUUCUAGCAUCCAUCACUCUGAAAUUUUUCAACACGUUUCCUAUAAAUAAUACCUGAUAUUGUAUGUUUUGAAGCAUAUUUUAUCUAUAAGUAGAGCAAUUUACCAUGGGUGCACGGAUUCACCGCCAUUUAUCCAAAAUCAAUUUUUUUGUAUGCUAAAGGUAAAGAAUCAAGACUUUUAUAGAUUCAAAUGAAAACUGUGUUAUAGACAUGGGUUUUCACUAUGGGUGCACGGAUUCACCGCGUUUUAAUCAAAUAUUGAACUUUUUGCAAAUUAAAAAAAAGCAUUUUACAAAUCUUAACUAAACCAAAGUCGAAACCAUGUCUUUCACGUUGAGAUAUAAUCAUUUAAAUAACGAUUUUUAUUUUAAGUUCCGUUUUUUUCAUUUCUGGAAAAGAAAUAUUUCAAAAAUAUCUUGAAGUAAUAAAUAUAUUUAUUUAUUGCUAAAAAAAGGUUUUUGCAAUCGUAUAUUUAUCUGAUAAGAUCUGAUCAACAUCCAAGAAAUGGGAAAAACGGUUACCAUGGACCGAAUGAAUUCUGAGAAUUAUAUGCAUCAAGUUAUGUCGUGUAACGGAAAACAGUGAAAAUGAAAAUAAUGAAUCAACAUUGUCAAAUGUACAUGUUGAAAAAUUUUUCGAUUGACCAAUAUUGCAUUUUAAAUACCUAUCAUAUCUAACUCAAAAAUAUUUUGUGUUCUGAAGCAAUUUGAAAACUAUUUAUUUCUAUAUAAUUUACAAUGGCGAAUUAACAGCCAUCCCGUGCACUCAUGUUGAAAUAUCUUAGCGCCGAUGUGGUCUAUCAGAUAAGCUUGCGCGAGUCUGGUCUAGGUAUGCCAGGCGUACUGGGUUCGAUUCCCCGUAUCGGCAAGAAAACUCUUGGGUUCAAAUCCCAUAAGUUGCCGACAGGUAAGAUGUGUUUCCUCUUAUAAUAAAAAUGUUCAAUCAGUUGCCAACUGGCCAGGUAUAUACACGAGUGCCGGAAUACCUAUAAGCGAACUUGCAUUGGAAAUUUGUCGAACCUAAUAAUCUAAGAAUGCAUGUCAAUACAUACUUGGGCAGAAACUGCGGUGAAUCCGUGCACCCAUGGUGGAUAACCAACAUAUAAAAAAUAUUCCGUGCACUCAUGUUGAAAUAUCAUUUAAAUUAUUCAGUUUAAUAGCUGUUGUCUUCAAAUUUGAAUAAAUGAGCACACAAUUCAUAAUUAUUUUACUCAUUCUGGUUUAGUAUAAAACAUUUUUAUCACCUUAAACUACUCGAUUACUCGAAUGUACAUGUAUUCAAUCUAACAUAACUUUUACAAAUCUUGAUGAAAUUUCGCCAAAUUUGGACAGAAAGUUCGAUGAAAGUUGGGCAACAAAACAGACCAAAAAAAUUGGGAGUCGAGUGCUUGAAGCGCCACAUAGCGGUCAAUCCGAGAACUUUUUCAACAAAUUUUCAUAACUUUGCAUCAAAAAUCAAUAAUUUCAUAACGAAUGACACACUUCUACCCACCAUAAAUCAGAUAGGGCUCAUUGUCUUGAAUGUAGAUUGCAAAUGAAACCAAAAGCAAGCGAAAAAAUUUUAUCUAGUUUGAGUUAUGGGGUUGUGAAUUUUACCAGUCAUUUUGACUGGUCACGGUCCGAGUGUCCAUGGCGAAAUUUAUCUCGCUUAUUAAAAGAGAUAGUGAAAUAAAAAAUACACAGUUUUGUAGAGAAUCAAAAUUCAUGAAAAGUUAUAUUUUUUGCGAAUUUUUAAAGCGAAGUAUUCAAAAGAUAUUCAUCAAACAAAGUGUCCAACCAGUCAUUUUGACUGGUGCGGUCUUUCUAGUGUUAAAGUUAAAAACGGUGAGGUUCUAUUUUUUUAAAUUUUCGUUCGAAAUGCUAUAGCACAGCAAAAAAUUAAAAUGAGAGAAAAUAAGGGUGUCUUUUCAGCGUUACACGUUGAAUCGAUAUAAAAAUUUACUUAUAAAAGUUGCUUCAUAAGCAUUUUUUUCAUAAUUUUUUUCACCAUUUCAACUUGUUUGGAUAACAUGCCGCUAUUAAGUUUACCCAUAUUCUGCGGUUGUUUCACAGACUUUUGGACAAAUUUCGUCAAAAAUCGUGGUAAAAGUUUACAUUCUGAAUUUAAUUCUGAAUAAAAUUUGGAUUAGUACAUAUCAAAGAUUAUGAAUUCAAUUUAGAUACUCCUUGGAUAGGAUUUUCAACAAUGAUGAUAUUGGUAAUGUAAGUUGAUAUUAUUAUCGCUAAUUUGCUCAUAUUUGUGGUAACAGUAAGGCAGAAAACCGGAAAAUUUUCAACAUACCUACAUUCUCCCGGAAAAUUUUCAGACGUUCCUACAUUCUCCCGCGAGGUGUUGAAUUGUUUCAGCUAGAAUAAAUUAGCCACUGCGAUUCUUAUGCAUUUGCCGAGAUUCUGAUCUCCUGACAUAAUCUCUUAGAACUCUCGGGGAUUAUGAAUUUCCGCCGAGAGCUUUCGUAGCAAGGUGCCUUCGCUAUCGAUGGACCCUUCGACUUUAUAUUUAAAACGAAAAUAUGCGCCAUAUAAAACUGAAACAUUAAAUACACCAAAAGUCCAUAUUUUCAUCCCUGAGCGCUAUUAAUUUAGUUCCGCUAGAUUGAUGUUCUGUACCAGUGUGCACUGAGAGCUCAAGGAGGCGAUUCAAAUUAUUCUUGAGUGUGAUCAGCAGUGGCUGUGCGUGUGGGCCGUGAUCGAUUGGGUCCAUUUAAAUAUAUGUAAAGUUCGGUCAGAGUUUUCAUAAGAUUAAUUAAAUAUUUUCUGAUUUUAGUCUGAAUAGGUAAAUCAGAAAAUGCGUGCUAAUUAGAGAUUAAGCGUGACAAUCUCAAGGAGCAAAAUGAGUAACAGAAUAACAAAUUUUGUUUUUGUCAAGAACAUAGAAAUAUUUUUAAUGCGUUUUUGACGAUGAUUCAUGACGUUUUUGAGAGCCAACGAAUAGAACAUUUACUGCCCAAUUUGAUUGAAUAAUUAAAGUUCCAAAAAAGUAAUAUGCAUUGAUACAACUGUAUCUUUGACAGAAUUUAAAAAGUAAUCAUUUUUCCUCUAUAACUAAAAAUGCUUGUGUUUAUCAUUAGGCUUCUGACUAUUUUAUUUGUUUAUAAAAAAUUAUAAGAAAUGUAAUCUGAUGAAAAAAUACCAUAAUUAUAAUUUUGACUCUGUUGUGUUGUGAGCCUACUUGGUUGAAUGAUUCAACUGAAUCAAAGCAAUCGGAAGAUUCCUUUUAAUUCAACCACGGUAAAUGAAAAGUUCAUAUACCGGUAUUUCGAUAGCAACUUACUACCUUCUAUCAAUCGAAAACGCUCACUGAAGAAGGUAGUAAGUUGAAUCAAAUCAGAUAAUUUAGACAUUAUUUUGCACCUCUGCCAGUGAAAGAACACAAUAAUUGUUUAAUAGCUAGAAAAAGGGUCACCAUCCGAUGAAUUAUUAUGAAUAUAAAUAAGUGAAGUGCAUAUUUCAACUAGAUAAACGCAUAUCAGUUAUUUACGGUUUAGAAUAAGCUUGUCAGGUUCCCCGGUUUUAGCCGGACUUGCACAGAUAUUUGAGAUAAUUUCUUUGAAAAAAGGCCAAAAUUUUGCUCGGAUUUUUUCACUUCACUAACAAAAUUAAACCAAAAAUACUCAAAUUGAGUAUUUUUUUUUAACUUUGUGUUCAAAAACUAUUUUUAAGCAAAUGUUGCUCAUCUCUGCUUAAGAGGUUUCUUGAAUUGCUGAAUCUUUAUUUAACGAAGCGGUUCAGAAAAAAGAAGUAGGUACCUCAUAUGAAUAAACUUUUUAUAAGUGAUUAACUAAGUAACGAGUAAGACCUGAAAAAACGAAUACGAUUGACGGUAAUUAGUUUAUUGUAUUAAAAACUACUGAUUCUGGUCCUUACCUUACCAUUUAUAAAUUUUUUUUUCUUGUUGAGAUGAUUUGUACAUUCAACUGAAGUUUGUUGAAAAAUGUCGAUGGCGUUUAGUUCGGUCUGAUCGAAUUCCGACCAUUUGUCCUUCGGUAUGAAAUAAAAAUUCAAGAAAUAUUUUCAUAUGAAAUAUUACAAAAGUCUUCGGAAAAACGUACCUAUUCCCCAACCUAAUAUUAUUUGCUUUAGUGGGUACCACUACCUCAGCCAAGUGUGCAUAAAGCUCGUUUCUUGAUAAACUCGUGCGUGUCCCCUAAGUGAGUAUCGAAGCAGAUACUGAGUAGUUUAAGACAGGGCAGGGGCAGAAGUGGCUGAUAUUGAAUUCGGCCGGUCAGCUUAAAGUUGUUGUGAUGAACGUCAUGAAUCCAAUUGGGCGAAUAGGCCGAAUGUGCCAUAAAAAAAACGAACAGACUCAUUUCCGAGUGGAUAUUUGACCAAAUCGACGUUAUUCGGACUGAGCUAAAAGAAGAAUCAAAGAGAUUGCUGCCCAGGUUUUGAAUAAGGAUGAAGGAUCGAAGACGUCACAAAGCUGCCGAUACUCCCAAUUCAAGGUUGGUUCCAAUCUGUCUUUCGGAGUGGUUGACUUAAGAUUUAUUCAAUACUAGGAGUGAUUCUAAUACCUAGUUUUGCCACGUGAACUGUCAAGAACUGAUUUUCAUGAAAAUUUGAACGCGUGACUUGAAAAAAACAACGUUUUAUCGGUCUACUGUCAAUACUGUAAAACAUCUAUUCCGUCUGGUGAUUAAUUCAACUUUGCAUCUUUUAACCAAACAGCCAUUGGACGAAUGAUACAGCCUAUGUUCAUCAUCUUUUUCAGAAAAUUAAGAGCCAUAAAGUAAGGUUCCUGAAUGUUUCCCGCACAUCUCCGGGUCGAGAAAAUUCGGGCAAUUUUAUCCAAAAAUUUGGCAAAAUCCAGGCAUUUGACUUCAAAAUGUUCAACAAAAAAAAAACCCCGGCAAAUUUGGUCUAAACUAAGAAAUUAUUCAACUAAAAUCAAGAAGAACAACACUAGAAACCUUUUUUUUUAUCGAAACACAUCAGCUGAUUUUAGAUCAUAUUUUUUUAAUUCCAGAAAACCGUUUUUGAAUAUUUUUAUAAAACUUGCUCAAAAAUAUUGGAUUUUGGACGCAAAAAAUAAAAAUGUUUAAGAACUUUAUUUGAGUUUUUUCGGCUGAUUUUUCAAAUAAAGUGAAUAAAUCCGGGCAAAAUCCGAGCUUCUUUUGACGAAAAUCGGGCAAAUCCGACCUUUUUCAAAAUUUGUGUCAAAUAUACGGCCAAAUCCGGGUAAAACCGAACAAUCUGGCAAGCUUACCGUAAAGCAUACAAGUUUGAAUUCUACGCGCAACAUGUUUUCAAAAAGAUACUGGGGAUUAUUCUGUGAGUCGACUGAUCUGGGCGGCUCGUCAAAUUUUAUCUCAUAGUCCACACUUAUUUAAUAGCUCCAGGCUAAAAACGUGAGUUCAGGUUAGCUCCAAAAAUCAGUCGUAGCCCACAUUAACUGACUGUUCUUGUAUUGAGCACUAACUGGAGACAGGAUAAUGAGUUGAAAUUUGAGGAGUCACGUCACUCGUCCCGCAGAAUGUUUAAUUUUGAUCACAAAUUUCACUCACAGUUCAACAUUUUAGUAAUGCCACACAGAACUUCAAUCUCGAAAGUUAAACUUAAUUAUGCAGAAAUUUAGUAAUUGUGUGGGCCAGGCCCAACAAGAGGAACGUCAUGCGAAUAUAGCAUGAUAUAUCAAUGCACUGUAGCCCAUAUUAAUGCUGUCUAUCAUCUACGCUCACCGUCGUUCUUGUGCAUCGCUGAUGCAACAGACCUUUCCUGUACCUAACCAUCGAAGCAUUAAUGGCUGGAUCCCCUUUGGCAUUUAUGGAUCACUUUGGCAUUUAUGUGGUUUUCACAUUUGGCGAUCCUUCCAGGAUCCAAUUUUUGGCCAAGCAGAGUUUUGAAAAAAUUGAAAUCAUUAAUUGAACUCUAAUAAUUUUCUAAAAUUUCCUUAAAUUAAAAUUCUAAUGAUAGAAAUAUUAGAAAAUAACGAAGAGAGAAUUUCGCGAGCAUUGAAUUGCGAUUUAACUAUGCUACUUUGAAUCGGGGGUUGGCAUUGCCACGCCGAAUUGCGUGCGAGCUAAGUAUGGUGGGCCGAAUUGUCAGCUGAAUGUGCUGCGCCGAAUUGCGAGCCAAGUGUGCUGCGCUGAGUUGCGAGCUGGAAAGCUGCGCCGAAUUGCGAGCCAAGUGUGCUGCGCUUAACUGCGAGCCAAGCGUGCUGCGCUAAACUGCGAGUCGAGUGUCCUCCGCUGAACUGCGAGCCAAGCGUGCUACGCUAAACUGCGAGCCGAGUGUGCUGCGCUGAAUUGCAAGCUGAAAAGCUGCGCCGAAUUGCGAGCCAAGUGUGCUGCGCUGAACUGCGAGCCAUCUAUGCUGCGCUGAGUUGCGAGCUGGAAAGCUGCGCCGAAUUGCGAGCCAAGUGUGCUGCGCUUAACUGCAAGCCAAGCGUGCUGCGCUAAACUGCGAGCCGAGUGUCCUCCGCUGAACUGCGAGCCAAGCGUGCUGCGCUAAACUGCGAGCCGAGUGUGCUGCGCUGAAUUGCGAACUGAAAAGCUGCGCCGAAUUGCGAGCCAAGUGUGCUGCGCUGAACUGCGAGCCAUCUGUGCUGCGCUGAAUUGCGCGCUGAACUGCAAGCCGAGUGUGCUGCGCUGCGCUGAACUGCGAGCCAUCUGUGCUGCGCUGGAAAGCUGCGCCGAAUUGCGAACCGAGUGUGGUGCACUGAACUGCGAGCCAUCUGUGCUGUGCUGGAUUGCGAGCUGAAAACCUGCGCUAAGAUAGAUGUGAUGUGAGGGGCUGUGCUGAAAUGCGAGCUGAAUGUGCUGCGCCUACGAACAAACUUUGCUGCGCUUCAUUCAAAGCUAAAUGUGCUGCGCUUGCAAAAAAAAACCUAAUAAAUAUGUGAAUUAUUGCGUGCUGUGAGUCUGUGUUUAUAUGCAACCUUUUGCGAACUGAAUGUGCUGCACCAAAUUGCGAACUGGAAGCUACUUCUAGAUACGCGCUGAUUGUGCUGUACCGUAAUGGGAGCUGAAAGUACUGCACUUGCGAGCAAACGGUACGGCGUUUCAAUUUGAGAUAAUGUUCUGCGACUAGUAGCGAGUCAAAUUGCUCAUUAAUACGAGCUAAACUUGUUGGUUUUAUCUAAAGAGACUACAUACUAUAUAGGCUCGUAAGUUUUAUCCAAGCAAAAAUGCGAGCUAACUGGGCACCGUAAAGUGCGAAGCAGAUUUGUUGCUCCAUGGAAAAUUUCAAUUCACUACCUGCGAGUCUGCAUACUGAAAAUAAAUUCGAUGCGAAAUGGAUUUAUUUUAAAAUCGAAAUGUAUGUUCAACGAGCGAAUCCAGAAUUCUGAAAGGCGGAAUGGCCGUACGCAGCGCAAAACAUAUCUGAGUCUGGGACCAGUGGCGGAAAGCUGUUGAAUUCCAGAAAGAGCCAUAGUUGGAAAUGGAAAUCAUGUGUUUUCAUUGGCUUAAUAAGAGAGUUCCAUAAGUUCAAGGAAAAUCAACCUGCUCACGUUAAUGAGAACACGAGAGAGAUCUGCAGUGCAGUGCAGAUUGAUCGAAUGAAGGAUCAUGAUGCAGUGUUUUAAUUAAAUAGUCUAUGGAUGAGAUUUUACUUUGAGCCAGAAAAACAAUUCACUCAUAGUAGGAUAAAGUUGAGAAAGACAACAGCUGAUGACAUUUUUUUUUCCUAUUUUUUUUCUUCUGAAAGAAGAGUGAAUGUGUGGGCCAGGCCCAACAAGAGGAACGUCAUGCGAAUAUAGCAUGAUAUAUCAAUGCACUGUAGCCCAUAUUAAUGCUGUCUAUCAUCUACGCUCACCGUCGUUCUUGUGCAUCGCUGAUGCAACAGACCUUUCCUGUACCUAACCAUCGAAGCAUUAAUGGCUGGAUCCCCUUUGGCAUUUAUGGAUCACUUUGGCAUUUAUGUGGUUUUCACAGUAAUGUUUUCACAAGUAUUUAUGUAAGUAGUUUCAAAUUGACGUUCCCAGUUCUGGGGUUUGGAAACGUCCAGAAAAUUUUCACCAAACAUCUUUUUUUCGACAAAAGGAUUGCAAUCAUUCCUAAAAUGUGUACAUUUUAAAUUCUUAUACCACAUUACCUUUUUUAUCAACAAUUUUAAAAGUUCGCCUGAAAAUCUUCAAUCAAUAUUUAUUUGGAAAACACUAAAAAUUAUAUUUUUCAGUGAAAGUACCUUCAAUCUAUCGAAUAGGUUUUCUAGCAAUAACUUUGAAGUUUCUGAGAUAGGAAAGAGAACGUCUCGGUGUAUUUAUAAAAUUUUCCAUCCAUUUUGAACAAUUUGAUCUUGAUUUCUGACUACGGUUUAUCGUUCUCUGGACAUGUUUGAGGAUUUUAAAAAAGUUCAUAAUGAUUAAGUUCUUUGUUAUUCUAAAGCCCUGUCUCGCACAUUUUAUAUGUGUCAGGCUGAAUUCCUUUUUCCAACAAAAAACCGAUAAGCCACUAGAAUUACACCACCUCUUCGAAGAAAAAAAAAUCAAUCAAAGUGUAACGUUCUCGCUGGAAGCAAAAAGUAAUAAAUAUUUUUGUGAUAAAAA